AUGCAUCCAUCAUUCUCAACUGUCUUGGAUGACAGUUUUGGACUGCCCAAAUUCCCCGCUUCAGGGGAUCCUCCAUUAGCUAGGAACUCAAGAGAGCUUGAGAAUUGGCUGAAUCCAGCCUCCAUUUCAAAAUCCAUAAAGCAACUGGAGCAGAUAAUCCGGAGCUUGACUCCUCCAAGUAAGUCACAAUCCCACAAGUUCACGAUAGCACGUCUCGAAAUCAACCUGGAGGCUGGAGCCACUUUCCGUGCCUUUGGAGGACCUUGGGAGUUGAAUAACAGGUGGAUUUAUGAAUCUACGCAAGCACGGAUCUACCCAAAAUGA